CCGCUGGGCAGUGUGUUUUUUCUGCAGAACCGUCUAUUCGACAGAUCGAGCUGCCUUGAUUCUAUAAUAUCAAGACGCAAUUCCAGAGCAACCUCAACCUCAACCUCUACAAGCUCGACAACCCCGCCACCAAAUGCGUCGCAAACGCCUCAACCUCUCUCAGAACUCGCUCCCCACCGUCGACGACAGGCCCGAAAGCAGGCUCUGGCUCAAUCUGCGCCGUCCGAAGCUCCUCUACCUCCCGAUGCGUCGUCGCUCCUCACAUCGGCCGCGGCGUCGCAGCCCAAAGACUCCCUUCGCCGAACCUUUUCCACCUUUCUGUCUCUCUCAAAGCCCCGCUUGACCGUCCUCGUUGUCUUGUCCGCCAUGGCACCAUACGCGCUGUAUCCGGUUCCUGAGAUGUUGAUGCCGACAAUGACCGAAACGCCAAGUUUGAGUCCAUUAACCCUCUUUUUCCUAACGACGGGAACUGCGCUAUGCUCGGCAAGCGCAAACACUCUGAAUAUGCUGUACGAGCCAUCCACCGACGCCAAGAUGUCAAGAACAAGAAACCGGCCGUUGGUUAGGGGCCUGAUUUCGAACCGAGCUGCGGCAUUGUUUGCCAUUCUUUGCGGCGCAGCUGGUGCCGGUGCCCUUUACUUUGGUGUCAACCCCACCGUUUCAUUCUUGGGACUUUCCAACAUUGUUCUUUAUGCUGGUGUCUAUACGCCACUGAAAGCCGUAACUGCAUUCAACACCUGGGUGGGCGCAGUUGUUGGUGGCAUUCCGCCCCUAAUGGGCUGGGCUGCCGCGGCUGGCGAAGCUGCCACAAAGGAUGGAUCCUUUAGGGAGCUGCUCUUGGCAAGUGACGGAUCGUCCAUUGGUGGAUGGCUGCUUGCCGGCCUUCUUUUCGCAUGGCAAUUUCCGCACUUCAUGGCUUUGAGCUGGCCUAUCCGUGAGGAAUACAAAGCCGCUGGCUUGCGCAUGCUUGCGUGGACGAAUCCGGCCAGAAAUGCCCGUGUCGCUUUGAGAUACAGCCUUGUCUUUUUUCCCUUGUGCUUUGGUCUUUGUGCGGCCGGCGUCACGGACUGGUACUUUGCCGCGACUAGUUUUCCCAUCAACUUCUGGCUGGCCCGUGAGGCUGUCCGCUUUUGGAAGUUUGAGGGACACAAAGGAAGUGCACGGGGUCUAUUCUGGGCAAGCGUUUGGCAUCUGCCCGGUGUUAUGAUACUCGCACUACUACACAAAAAAGGCAUGUGGAGUCGAGCUUGGAGGAGCGUGUUUGGGGAAGAUGAA